UCGGUCUCUCUCUCUCUGCUCUCUCUCCUGAUCUGUGCGUGUCUCUCUCUCUCUGUUUCUAACAUGGCAUUCAAUGGCACAUGGAAAGUCGACCGUAAUGAUAACUAUGACAAGUUUAUGGAACAGAUGGGCAUUAACAUGGUGAAGAGAAAGUUGGCUGAACACGACAACCUGAAGGUUACCAUCGAGCAGUCCGGAGACAAAUUCAGCAUUAAGGAGUCGAGCACAUUCAGGACCAAAGAUAUCGAGUUCACGCUCGGGGUGCAGUUUGAGUACUCGAUGGCCGACGGCACUGAGCUCACUGGCACAUGGGUCAUGGAGGGAGAGACUCUGAAAGGCACAUUCACCAGGAAGGACAACGGCAAUAUCCUGACCACCACCCGGUCAGUGGUUGGUGGGGAACUUGUACAGUGCUACAACUACGAAGGCGUUGAUGCUAAGAGGAUUUUCAAGAAGGCAUAAAGAAAGCAUGGAGAAAGACGGUCUUCUUUUUCGGAGCAGAUUUUAUAUGAAACUGUCUCUGUUGUCAUUGACUGUUAUGUUUCAAA